GAGAGGGAAGCGGACUGAUGACAGCUGUCACUGCGGACUGAAGGAGCUCCAGAUCCCGCUACCAGCUCCAUGGAUCCCCGCUGAACCUCUGGGACCUCCAGGACUGAGACCCGGUACUGACCCGGGAUUUUUACGGUGUGCUGUGUGGAUCAUCGUUGACUGACCGCCACCGUGGUCGUUGGAGCAGCAGGGAUGGGGACUCAGGGCUCUGGACGGAAGCGAGCUCCUCUCAAAGAUCGAUUCUCAGCUGAGGAUGAAGCCCUGAGCAGCAUCGCCAGAGAGGCGGAGGCGAGGCUGGCGGCGAAGAGGGCGGCUCGUGCAGAGGCCAGAGAUAUUCGAAUGAGAGAGCUGGAGCGACAGCAGAAAGAGCUCUCUCACCACUCCUCCAGCAGCAGGAAGUGGGGUCAGAUCCACCAGUGGAUGGCUGACACAGAAAAAGCUCGAUCUUCUUCUCGUCACAGCAGCCGACACCGCCGGGGUCUGGAUGAUGACACCAUGUCAGUGUGCAGUUACAGGUCGACCUCAUCAGCGCUACGAGACCUUGGCUCCACCUCCAAGACUCGCUCCAGCUCCCGUAGAAAAGACGCCGCGUCUGAUGGACUCUCCUCUAGCUCUGCCCUCAAGACCUCACGCUCCACUAGCUCAGUGUUCAGUGAUCUGCAUGGACACAGAAAGUCUUCCUCAUCGUCUAAGAAAGAGCUGCUGACUGGACUGUACCACGAUCAGAGGACCUACAGCAGCCUUUCAAAGACCAAACCACCUCCUCCUCCUUCCACCUCCUCCUACACUCCUCGGGCCUCCUCCUCAGCCUCCCCAUCUACUGCCGGCCUUCCACGCAGCUACAGCACGGCUUCUGUUUACGAUGACACUCUGUACGGCUCAGGAUACUCCUCUAAAGCUCCCUCUGAAUACAGCUGGUUCUCGUCUGCAGCGAGCUCCACACAAACCAGCCCGGCGUCGUCUUCCGAUGAAGACACGGUGAGCAGCGUGUCUCAGCAGCCCGGUAGGAGAGGACGCAGAGACAGCGUGUCGUCCGAUUUCUCUGACUUCAGCGAGUCCGCUGCCGAUUAUUUCAGCCGCUCCAACAGACGGGGUAGCGUGGUCUCUGACCUUGAUGAUCUGAGCAUCCCUGACCUGGACGCCCUCGAUGAAAAAUGUGACAAACAGUUCUCAGACUACAGCAGGCCGUCGUCUCGAUGUGCGACGCCUGGCCUCUCAGCGGCCACAUUAGCAUCUCUUGGUGGUACGUCGUCUCGUCGUGGCAGCACAGACACGGGCAGCAUCUACGAUCCCGACACGAGUCUGAGCGAGCUUAGGGACAUCUAUGAGCUAAAGGACCAGAUUCAGGAUGUAGAGGGCCGCUACAUGCAGGGGCUCAAAGAGCUCAAGGAGUCUCUGGUGGAGGUGGAGGAAAAGUAUAAGAAGGCGAUGGUAUCCAAUGCUCAGCUGGACAACGACAAAGCAAACCUGAUCUACCAGGUGGACACGCUGAAAGACGUCAUCGAGGAGAUGGAGGAGGCUAUGGCUGACAUGAAGAGAGAGCUGGAGGAGAAAACCAAGGACCUGGAGAGACAAAAACACACAUGCUCAGUUCUGCAGCACAAACAGGAAGAGCUAAAGGACGGGAUCAGGCAGAGAGACGAGCUUAUACAGGAGAACCAGAGUCUUCAAUCUCAGGUAGACGUGCUGAGCAGAGAGGUGUUCGAUCUGCAGGAGACGAUAAACUGGAAGGACAAAAAGAUUGGGGCUCUAGAGAGACAGAAAGAGUACUUUGAUUGCAUUAGAAGUGAACGAGACGAACUGAGAGAUGAGCUCUCUGACAUCAAGGUCAAGAUGAAGACCGAGAAACACGGUCUGGUGAUAAUUCCUGAUGGAACUCCAAACGGAGAUGUGGACCACGAGUCUCCGUCCUCAGGUCUCACAGUGGUCUCUCAGGAGGCUGCUCAGGUGCUGGAGUCUGCGGGGGAGGGGCCUCUGGACGUGCGGCUCCGUAAACUGGCUGAGGAGAAGGACGAGCUGCUGUCUCAGAUCAGGAAGUUGAAGAAUCAGUUGGAAGAGGAACGGCAGAAGCAGUCGAAGGUGGACGGAGCGUUCAGCGACGGCGAGCGAGUGGAGAACGGUACAGACCUGCACUUCAUCGAGAUGCAGAGAGACGCCAACCGACAGAUCAGUGAAUAUAAAUUCAAACUUUCUAAAGCAGAACAGGAAAUGGGAACCAUGGAACAAAACAUUAAUAGACUGGAAGGUCAGGUGAGUCGCUACAAAGCUGCCGCUGAUAAUUCAGAGAAGGUCGAAGAUGAGCUGAAGGCUGAGAAACGGAAACUACAGAGAGAGCUGCGUACAGCGCUGGAUAAGAUAGAGGAGAUGGAGAUGACCAAUAACCACCUGGUGAAGCGUCUGGAGAAGAUGAAGGCGAACAGGAACGCUCUGCUGUCUCAGCAGUGAGCGCCGUCUUCGUCACCGUGAAGCCUUGAAACCGUCGUCUGACUGCCAACGUCUGCAGCACAUUUCCUUUUAGCAGAAACACUCGGAGAUUUGUAGCUAACCAAAAACUCUAAACGUGUAGCACAGAGAAAGGAAACUGUCUUUAAAAAUCAGAACCUUUCAUAAUAAAAUAAUGUUUUUUUUCUGUUUUGGGAGAACUUUAUCAGGACAUUUCACUACACAAUAUUUGAUCAUGGUUUAUUUUUCUGGCCGGGUGCUUGGCUCUUGGUUUUUUGGUUGUUUUUGGUUGUUUUGUUGUUUUUUUUUCAUAAGUUGCAUGACUGAGAAAAAAGUUGCUUUUAAACGCUGACGGCUGCUCCGCACUUUCCCAGCGUCCUCUCACAGUGAAGUGCCUUCUCACAUGAUUUAACAGGUACGAUGAUCCCAAACAUGUCAAAGUGAGCUUGUCUGCUGCCGUUUCUGAAAUGUUUCAAUAAUAUUUAAAAGAUUUCUGAAAAUAAAUGUGUCAUUUACAGAA